ACUUUGCUACGGGAUUAAUCUACUAAAGGAAUAAAAAAAUUAAAUUAACCGGGACAUAUAACUCAUUGGUACAAUACACAUCUUCUCCAGAUCCAAAAAAAUAAGAGAGUAAUAAGAAUGUCCGGCCGCAAUAACGCCCGUAAACAACCAAAAGUCAAAGAAAAAGUGAUAAUAGAUGAAAACAAUCCCAUGCUAAGAGCAUUUCGAGCUUACAGCAUGGAAUUAGAUGCCAAGCAUGAUCGAUACGAGCGUAUAGUUAAGCUCAGCCGCGAUAUAACAAUCGAAGCUAAACGUAUCAUAUUCUUAUUACAUUCCAUUGAUAGCCGAAAAGAUAAUAAGGAGAAGGUAUUAGAAGAAGCUCAACAACGUCUAGAGAAAGUGAUUAAAGUAAAUUUCAAAGCUGUUGCUCAGGAAAUGCAAAAUUUAGAUCCAUACCAAUACCGAGGAGCAUACGCUCCAGGUUUGCAAGAAUUUAUAGAAGCCUAUUCAUUCAUGGAAUACAUGAGAUAUACUGAUGAUAAGUCAUCUAGCCUAGAUAAUGAAGCCUCAAUGUCCGAUUGGCAACAGUUGCAAGGAAAAAUGCAGUAUAUAGAAGCGGAGGCAAACGACGAAAUUUCUGCGGAAAUGAAAGAAAAUAAAUUUUCGUUUCAUGUGGAACCCUCUGAAUAUAUAUUAGGUAUUUCGGAUCUAAGUGGAGAGCUAAUGCGCCGUUGUAUAAAUUCGUUGGGUAGUGGAGAAACGGAUACUUGCUUGCUCAUUUGUAAAGUAUUACAGCAUCUCUAUAAAGGAUAUAUUGGUCUAAGUAUUCCCAGGUGCCGGGAGCUAUCACGUAAAAUCCAUACAAUGCGACAAAGUGUAUUGAAAGCAGAAGAUGUCUGCUACAAUGUCAAAGUACGUGGAGGUGAAGCUGCUAAAUGGGGUUUAGAAUCUGAAAAACCUAAUGUUGAUAUAGAUGAAGGUUUCUUUUAAUUCUCUAAUUUCAAUAACUUUUAAUAACAUUUAAUAAUAAACUUUAUAUAUUAAAUUAAGAUGUAUCACUAGGCACGU